UCUACGCGCGACACAACCUCUCGACUCCCUACGUGUCUGAGAGUGGCUCUUCUCGUUGCGCUCCAGGACCUGGCACUGCCUGCCGUUCAACAACUAAGGCGGCAGGCCCGUACUGUCUCGAACCACCGAAACCUAGGAGAGCUCUGCGAAGCACGCUUAUGCUGAGUAGCGUCUGAGACGGUCCAGCUACGCCUAAUCCCCUCCCCCACCCCACCGACCCGUCCCGCCUUCUAACCUCGCGCUGCUCGCCUUCCGCGCCUGCGUAGAACGUCUCCAGUGCGCACGCCGUGGCCCCGCCCCUCCCGUUGUGCCACGCCCUCAAAGGCUCCGCCUCUGCCGCCUGGAUCCCACCCCUCUAUCUGCAGGACCCCGAACCGUAAUGAUCCUACAACAGCCCCUGGAACGAGGCCCCCCGAGUCGGGACCCACGGGCCACCACUGGGGUGACUCGCGGGCUGGACGCCAGGGAACCCUUGCACAAGCAGUUUCUGUCUGACGAGAACAUGGCCACCCACUUCUCCCGACUCAGCCUACAUAAUGACCACCCCUACUGCAGUCCCCCUGUGACUUUUCCCCAAGCCCUGCCACCACUCAGGAGCCCUUGCCCAGAGCUGCUUCUCUGGCGCUAUCCUGGGAGCCUGAUCCCUGAGGCCCUCAGGCUGCUGAGGCUGGGGGAUACCCCCAGUCCCUUCUACCCUGCGUCCCCAGCUGGGGAUAUCAUGGAGCUCUAAGUGCUGAUGGCCAGUGUCCCUCCCCACCUUGUUCCUGACAACAAAGACCAGCAACCCCCGAGAGGGAUGAGGUCCUUCCCCUAUAACAGGAUAGAUGAUCUGAGCUCAAUGAAGCCCUUGAAUGGGAGAGGCAGCAGCUUGGGAAGGGAAAGUAUCACCCCAUUAGUGAAUAAAGAUUUCUGAGCAGUUGAA